UGGGUCCUUCGCGCCUGCCCGACUUCCCAGCGGCCCUGUGCGGCCCGGGCAUGCCCAGUGCGGGCGCAGCGGCCCCGGCCCUGGGAGCGCCCCAGUGGAGCUGGCCCGCGGUGGGCAAGGGGCCGGGCUGGAACCGCGGCGGCGGAGCUGCGGUUUCCAGGUCCUUCAUGAUGAGAGAUUGGGGGAUACUGCUCUCUCCUCUGUAUAGUUGAUAGUUUGGUGGUGAAGAGAUGGCUGACAGUGUCAAAACCUUUCUCCAGGACCUUGCCAGACAUGAGAGAGGCCAAUUCUUGGAGGAGGGAAUCAAAGACUCCAUCUGGGGUAUUUGUACCAUCUCAAAGUUAGACGCUCGAAUCCAGCAGAAGAGAGAGGAGCAGCGUCGAAGAAGGGCAAGUAGUGUCUUGGCACAGAGAAGAGCCCAGAGUAUAGAGCGGAAGCAAGAGAGUGAACCACGUAUUGUUAGUAGAAUUUUCCAGUGUUGUGCUUGGAAUGGUGGAGUGUUCUGGUUCAGUCUCCUCUUGUUUUAUCGAGUAUUUAUUCCUGUGCUUCAGUCAGUAACAGCCCGAAUCAUUGGUGACCCGUCACUACAUGGAGAUGUUUGGUCGUGGCUGGAAUUCUUCCUCACGUCAAUUUUCAGUGCUCUUUGGGUGCUCCCCUUGUUUGUGCUUAGCAAAGUGGUGAAUGCUAUUUGGUUUCAGGUAAGUUCAGGGCAGAAUGGAGUCUGGGUCCCACAGCAUGAUUGGUUGACAGGUGACAAGUUUCAGCCUGUGAAGUUAGUAGGCAUAUUUACCGAGGCUUUGGGAUUAAGAUUUUCCAUAUUUGUUCUUCAGGGAAUGUUUGUGAGUCUCUUUCCCAUCCAUCUUGUCGGUCAGCUGGUUAGUCUCCUGCAUAUGUCUCUUCUCUACUCACUGUACUGCUUUGAAUAUCGUUGGUUCAAUAAAGGAAUUGAAAUGCACCAGCGGUUGUCUAACAUAGAAAGGAAUUGGCCUUACUACUUUGGGUUUGGUUUGCCCUUGGCUUUUCUCACAGCAAUGCAGUCCUCAUAUAUUAUCAGUGGCUGCCUUUUCUCUAUCCUCUUUCCUUUAUUCAUUAUCAGCGCCAAUGAAGCAAAGACCCCUGGCAAAGCAUAUCUCUUCCAGUUGCGCCUCUUCUCCUUGGUGGUCUUCUUAAGCAACAGACUCUUCCACAAGACAGUCUACCUGCAGUCUGCCCUGAGCAGCUCCACUUCUGCAGAGAAGUUCCCUUCACCGCAUCCGUCUCCUGCCAAACUGAAGGCUGCUGCAGGCCACUGAGUUGCCUGCCAUCCAAAGGGGAUGGGCGGGAUUGGAAGGAGGCUGUGGCAGCUCUUUCCUUGUUCACCUCCCCCUGCUAGGGAAGGCAGGACCCACUCUGCCAAGGGCCCUCUGCAUAUUCCCUUCUCUCUGAGGAAUUGGAGUUUUUGUCUCUGGUACACGUAAGGCAGAAUGUUUCCAACACUAGUGUGUGGAUUUUUAACAUCACCGUGAGUCUGAAAGGACCACAGGUUUUUCUGCAGCUAUUUUCUAGCAUUUGCCAGUCCUUGUGCCUGGACUGAUUUGAAUACUUUGUUUUUCUCCCUGUGCCAUUUACCCUCCCACCUUUCCAUCCUGCCUUCUACCACCCUUGGAUGAAUGGAUUUUGUAAUUCUAGCUGUUGUAUUUUGUGGAUUUGUUAUUUUUGUUGUUUUUCUGUGAAGCACAUACAUUGGAUAUGGGAGGUAAAGGAGUGUCCCAGUUGCUCCUGGUCCCCCCUUUAUAGCCGUUACUGUCUUGUUUCUUGUAACUCAGGUUAGGUUUUGGUCUCUCUUGCUCCACUGCAAAAAAAAAAAACAAAAAACAAAAAACAAAAAAAACUGAAGAGAUGAGAUAGGAGGAAAAACCUCACAGCCAGAUCUGCUGGGUUUCGAGGAGUGAUUUUCUUUCUUCCCCUUGAAGGGGAAAAAGCUAUUUUCACUGGUACAUUUAAAGUCCCCCAACUAUGGGGAAGUACCAAUUCUGGACAAGUGCCACUGCAACAACACUAAACCUGAACUUUUCAAAUCUGUUGGGGGUGGGAGAUGGCGGGCAGAAGUUUACUGUUGGCCACUGCCAGGUCUGUUUGAUAUUUCAAAGGAAUAUUGGGUGCUGCAAAUAGGAACUGAAGGGGUAAACGUAUCAAACCUGUGAUUGGUUGAUGUUUUCCUGUCAUUUUAAGAGAUUAAAUGUGGGGGGGAAGAUGUCAAAAUACUUGUACAAUUUUAAAAUGUCACAAUUAAACGUGAGCUGGUUUCCC